GGUGUUCGGCCGAACCACCUGAACCAAUCCUGGAUCCGCCCCAGAAUUGGGAGUUAUUGUAAUAGUACGUUCAGGUGAGCUGUCGCAGCCAGACACUGCGCAGAGCUAAAACAGCUCGCUAAUUAAUCGGUUUGCUAAUGCCAUAAUGACAUUACUGUGGUAAGGUAUAAUAUCAAUUUUAGCAUUAAGUUAUGUUUGCACUUUUGUUUUUAUCAUGUUUCGUUUUCCAGGGAUUUCAAAUAAUAUAAACUAAGUGGAUCACUUUGUUAACAGGAAGCUAAGAAUGGAGACUGUAAACUUGAUGUAUCUGUUGGAUCCCGAGGGAAUGCUGAAAAUUUUAGAACUGGUGUGUAAAAAUAUUCACCGUGGAAAUGUUAAAUUCAAUGCUGAUCCUAGCAAUUUCAUUGCCUCUCAGCAGUACGAUUUCUUCAUGAAUCGUAUUAUUUUUUCUUCCGAGUUGUUUCUUUUUCUCAGCCAAUGAAAAUGAAAGCCAAAAGCAAAACAACCAAUCAGAUUACAGAUUUCUGUAAUGCAAUAAUUCACAAAUCAGUUUUUUUUCUCUAUUGUUACAACUACAUCAACACAAUUUUGAUACAGACCAAAGUCCUGUAUUCAGCAGUCAAGUACAUUGAGUCUUCAAACUGGCCGUAUCUGUUGUGGCAUUUUUAACACAUUUGAAGGCAAUUUUUGAACGACAAUACCACUCUUUGGAAUCUUAAUCAUAUAUGCAUAAUAAUGGUGGAGAUAUAAAUCACAAAUUUUGUGAAACUCACCUCUGCCAUAAGAAGGAGUCUGUUUGAAUUUUACUGGAAAAGAGGCUCAAAUAGAGAAUGAGCGAAAUUCAAUGAGGAGGUGAAUUAGCAGCCUGUGUAACUGAAGGUUUUGUAGAGGUCUUCGGCGACGGAGCUGCGAUUGGAAUGGAAGCUUUUUUUUCUUUCACGGCCACCACCUUCAUUUUCCCUGAAUGCCCAAAAUACACCUGUUACGCCGACUAAAAAUGAUAAUUUUCAAGCAGCACUGUAUGGUUUUAUUACCUGAGCACAACUCAAUCUUGAACCUCAAAGGGCGGAAUCUAUCGAAGACAUCAAAUUGGUUCGCUUGUCUUGAAUCCAGCAAAUUAACGCAACGAUUCCUUUUUUUUUCUGUUAUAAAUCAUGCUUUCUUAAUUUCAGGCCCUUCUGUCAGCCGCUGUCGCAUGUACUGCUCAGUACCACAAGGAUGCAGAUAUAUCAAACCUGCCUGAGUGGCAAACAAACAGGUUAAGCCUGUUCUAUGUAGUGUUUAUCACCGGUCUUGUGACUGCUAUUUUCCUGUUUGUCAGCUUUCUGUUUAACUUGGAUAAGAGAUGUGGAUCACCAAAAGGAUUUACAUUUUUUGUAAGUACUUAAAUCCAUUUUGUUGUGGGACACAGGCUGUGAAAUGGGUAGCAUACUUUAUGCCUUAACAGAAGGUGCGGGCUAUGACAAAGGACAAUUGUGCUGAGUUCCUAGGUAAGAAACUCAAUUCUCACUAUGCUCCUCUCCAAUUCGGAGAACAGACGACUACCAAAGGAUUUUCGGGGAGAUACGACGAAAUACCGGGUUUAAAUUUGAUGGCCUGGCAUCCAACUUAAGGGAGUAGAGUUGCCCAUGGUCUUUUCAUGCAACAGAAACCGGCAGCAACCAUUCGACAGCUAUGCUUUAUAAUAAUAAUAAUAAUAAUAAUAAUAAUAAUAAUAAUAAUAAUAAUACUUAUAUAGCGCCGAUAUCAAUACUGCCAUUUUCAUCAGCUUGCGGGUGGGUUUCCUUUUACUCUGACUCUUUCACUUCCAUUAGUGACCUAAGAGGAAUUUUGUCGUUCAUUGUAAAGCACAGAGAUGGCGAGAAGAAAUAGAAAUAUUAACAAGGGAUUUUGUUCCAUUUGAUACUCAUUUCUCAAAUCUUGAAGUGUAAGAAAUGCGUCGCAGCUAGCGCGAAGAAUCAAUACCUAUAUCUUGGUAUUGAUGGGGUAAGAUAGGUGAGGGCUAACAGGGGGACAACUGUUUGGGCGGUGCUUCCAGCCUGUGCGAGCUAAACGCAAAUUGUUUCUUUAAUUAAAACAAAAUGGAUGCGGUUCAUUUUACAGGCUAAACAUCUUCAUUUCUGUCGAUUUUUAAUCUGACUAUACGAAAAGUACUAAGUUUCUCGAGACAGUUUCCAAGCGUGUCGAUGGCCUAAUAAAGUUUAUAUAAAAACAUAUCCGAGCCAUCCUCUGGAUCUGCCACUGAAAUGUCUGUGCCGACUAACUAAAGUAUUCUCGACCUUGAAUAAAUCCUUAAUAUAUUCUUAAUGUUUUGCUGCUUUUAAGGUGACCUUGUUCUCACUGACCUGGGCUGUAUUCUGUGCUGUUUCGUCAGGACUGUUCGGUGAAGUGGUGCUCAGUCUUCAGGAAGACAAAUGGGAUACAUCAAAGAAUGAGCGCAUUCAGUGGCGCUACCAACAUGCUCAAGCAGCUGUGGUAAAUAUUGUAGACCAAGGGCGUGGCAAAGGGAAAGUCGGGCUGAGGUGUAUAUCGCUGACCCUCUUAUCUCUGUAUCUAGAAAAAAUUGAUAAUUUAUGAAAUCAUGGUCUCUUAUUUGAUAAAUAAACGAUCUAGCCCCCAAGAAGCUACUAAUCUAUCCCUUUAAAGGAUAUAAAUAUUGUGGUAUACUUACAAUAUUAUUUCUCAACACGUAUCGAUGUUCCUGAGUUUCGCAGGCAUCUGAUUUCUUAGAGUUUAUUUGAGUUCGUAGUGAGUGGACUACAAAGCAAAAUUUUCACUGUAAAGAAUCCAGGCGGUGGGUUAACCGCCUUUUUCAGAUGGAGGAACAAAUUACUUUGGCGAGCUGGUCAUCAUGAAAGGGGGCUUCGUGUGAGUUGUGAUUUCCGGGAAAUUGUUUUAUAUUACAUCAAAGCAGAAAAAUGAAAUUCCACUUUAUGAAAAUUUCACCGGGCCCACCAUCACGUUCACGGAUUUGGUUAAGCGCUUAACUGAUCAGUCGUUCAUCCCUGCUAAGUGUCUGGUACCACCAACACCCAUUUACAGGUUAUUCCCAUAUAAUAGUUUGCAAUCUGAAUGUAUGUAUCCUCAACUUGUACUUCAGUCUUAAUGUUGUCUAAUUUAUUUAAUUUUUUUUUCUUCUUUGCUUUUUAGAUUAUUGGUUUUCUGUCUUUCCUGGCGUUUCUUGUUGACGGUAUACUUCACUAUCGAAUCACCAGGUCAACCCAGUGA